CUCUUGCAACGACAGCUCCGCAGGCAGAGCUUGUCCUUUCCCAAUUUAUGCUCGCGUCAUCGAGCAUUGAUUAUUGCUGAGAUCUGACUUUCGAGAUCCAAAUCAGGCAUCCACCGCUUCUUUAAAUAAUACAUCCGCACUCGUCGUCCGUCGUCCGUCGUCCGUCGUACCCUACCACCUGCCCUGCCACCUGCCUACCCCAUUGCAUAUCUUCUGAGACUUCGUGCGACGUGGGACCUCGGAGGCAUGCCCACCUCUUCCAGCUCACGAGUCCAAGUCUAAUACCACCAUGUCACUUGCCAUACUUCCUUCGGCGCCCAUGACUUCUUAUAGUCAGAGCUCGACACCGACACGGCUCGCGCCUCCGUCGUCACAAGCGGAGCGUCCGAGGUUGUCGCUGGACACGAACAAUGUAACCACGACGUUUGGGAAAAGCUCCACUAGCUUGCGUUUGGACUCUGCUGCGUCUCCCACUGCGAAGAAUACCUUCCGGAAUGCAUUUCACCCGGCGCGACAAUCACCAGCGAGCAGAUUAUCGAAGCCUACAGUAGAGCAAACCUCUACGCACAUUCCUCGCACACAGAGCCCCGAAGCUCUGGCAACGGAAGCACACGAAGCAACGCCGCCAAUCUAUUCUGCGUCAUCUUCUGCUUCGAUAUCGUCGACGUCGACUAUUGAUUCUCUCCCUCCCGACAUACCCUACAAGCUCUCUUACAGCGUCACUUCUAUUCUGGUGAACUCCCCAAUCCCUCGGCCCAAGGCUCGCAGAACGAUGUUCGCGCAAUCCAAACCGAUGUUUCCCGCUGUGAAAAGGGUGUCAUUCAAGACGCCUCUCACUGAAGAAGUCAAGAAUGUCAAUUUCACCAUGCGCCAUUCUGACAUUGAAUCUUCCACAUCGACCAUAUCAACCCUAGAACUAUCUCCCCCGGAAGACUCGUCAAUGGAACAAUGCGACGACAAUACCAUACCCCAGAAAUGUACAGGCCAAGAGGUUUCGUCGCCUCAGACCGGAGACAAGCGUGAAUCUUCAGAAGAGGAAGACAGCGACUCGACGCCGCAGACGCCUGGCCCAUCUGGUCGUCGAAAGAGACAUCGAAGAUGGGUUUGGACGCUAGAUCCGAUCGAAGCCAAAGCGCCUGCUACAGGGUCCAGCGAAGAUAGCAAGGUAGACGAGCGUGAACAGAGGAAGGCAUGAUAACCGUGUGCGAAAUCUCGGGUUGUACAGGCAUCUACAGGUUUAAUAGACGAUCCACGCAGCAAUGCGUCAUUAGCAGGCCUCGGUCAUCGGUAGCAUAUGAUGGCCUUUUGUUUUUGCGCGAUGAUACCCAACGAGCGAUGGCAUACAAUACGAGGACGUAGCAUGCAUGGCAUGGCAUGGCAUGGGCUUUGGAAAGAACGCCAUUACUUGGUUCGACUUCAUAUACAUAGCACUCUCAAUAUUCAUGGA